AUGGACCAAAAGGUACAGUACAGUACGUCGAGCAUGCUUGGCCGUGUAUCGAUGGGGUCGAUGCCUCCUCGGCACGCCUUGUGGUCAUCAGCGAGUGCAAAGGCGAGGACAAGGGCCGCCACAGCCGGAGCAAAUCGUGAAAUAAACGGAGGCUCUCACGACACCUCGUGCGUCUUCAAAUCACAAGACGCUCUGCGGGAGAUAGAAAAGAGGCUUGACCCAGCACAGCUGUGUGACAUGCCAAGAAUGCACGUGCCUAGCUGUCGCCAGCACGAAGCUGACCAAGAUCGAUGCUCGCUGAUCUCGUCGAUCGGCGAUCCGAUCAUCAUCCUUGACGUCAGCUACUUAGCACUCAUCAAAAUGUCGGACGCCAGCAAGACAAACAUCAACACUCGCAUGCCCAAGGGUGCAAAACGCCCCAAGACAUCACGAGCCUGUCUUGCCUGCCGUAAGCUCAAGGCACGCUGCGAGCCUGCCGGCGGUGCCAAAGUCGUCCCCGUAGAUGACCCGCAGUCCUCCAACGCGACCUUCAACAUCUGUCAUCGCUGCAAAACUCUGUGCAUUGAUUGUCUCUACGAAACCCCGUCUGGUCAAGUCGUUAAAGGCGAAGAUCUGCAUCCGGAGACAUCCACUCCGUCGCCUGCAGCUGAGCAUAAUCGACCUCUGCGCUCCGCCAAACGCUCUCGGCCAGACGAUGUCAAUGUAGCUUCUUCCGAAGCGUUCAGCAACGACCGCGCCGUCUUUCUCUCUCCGGCGAUCUCGCCCAGCGCCCUCACACGCUCCAUCUACCGCGAUAUCGACAUUUGCUCGUUGAAUACGCCUUCAUCUACCAACUUGGAGCGUCCCGUCUUGCCCGCCAAUGCUCUCUCACGCCUUAUCGGAACAGCUCCGACACUCAAGGCCGAGGCACAGGAGUUCAUCAUUGGGUUGUCCGGAGCCUUUAGCCACGGCGCCGCGGCGUUCCAAGAUUGGAAGCAGGCUCCCCCCGACCUCUGCGCAGGCAAAGCCGCCUCACGUCUCAUGUCGGGUCAGACUGUUUCUGCAGCAUAUCCGCAGGAUGAGGUCGAAUAUAUCUCUCGCACGCUGCAGCCUCACGAGCACUCGUUGCGUAUCCUCUUUCAGGGCCUGUACGGUCCCUUUUCGCCCUUUCUCUCGGUUCCCUUCGAAGACUCGCUCAACCUUCAGACAUGUCAGUGCGAGGCGCAGUGCUUCCUGCUCCUGUCCAUCUACUUGGUCGCCUUGCCCCAUCUCGAGUCGACGCUGCCGAUAGAUCCUGCACGAAAGCCGCUUCGAAAGGCUGUCGACGCUUUCCUCCGACGGGCAAUCCACAGUCCGUUGAUCGACCACCUUAACAUCUUUGCCUUGCACGUCUGCGCAAGCUUCCUGCUCCUGCCCGUCGACGGGCUCGUAGACAACCAUCGACCGCUUUCGACCCCUGAACAGGAGAAUGACGGCCUGCUCGAGUUCGCACCAGAUCUCAACCCCAGAGCAGCCAUCAUCAAAGCGCUCAUUGUGGCGCAGCGCCUCGGUUAUGCCGGUCUAGCCGCCAAGUUGCCUUCCAUACGCCAAGCGUUGGACUUGGACUCGCCUCCGGGCGGUCAAGCGGGCGACUCGGCUCGCGACGAGUAUGCACAUGCGGUGUUGUGCACCUUCACUUGGCUCACUCUUCUGCAGUUCCGUGCCUCCAUCGACGUGGCGGAAGAUCGCAUCGAGUGGGAUUCUUUGGCUCAAUUCGAGCACGAGAUCCCCCGCGUUCGCAUUGAAGAUUUGACAGCUUCAUUGCUGCCUCCUCCGCCCUUCCUUUCUCCUCGCGAACAGAGCAGAUGCUGUUGGAUGGCCCAGCGUGCAGAGCUCUAUGGGAUCGCCCGCCACCUGCGCCACACCAAGCGCUCCGCAGCAUCCUUCUCCAAACGUGAGGCUGAAGACCAGGCAACGGGAUACAAGAAGGCGCUCGACGAGUGGCGCUACAAGUUCAACGAGCAGAUGCGUAGCAUGAGUGUGCAGUUCCGCAGGGAUCCACGCGGUCUCGGUCUGCAUCGCUACUACUCCAUCUUUUCCAAUGCCGAGGCGCAGUCGCUGCAAGUCUGCAUCGGCUCGGUCUACCACAAAGAGUUUGCCGCCGACAUGCGACAGCGCCUACAGGAACCGUUCUACCUCGACGGCCUGCCCUGGAAGUCGGCUGCCACCAUCCUGCUUGGUCACGAGUCGGACCGCAUGACCAAAGCCAUUCUCAUCAAUUUCGCCUUCACCGAUGCCAUGCUCAAAGCUUUAGGGCUCAUUUCCAGCUUGACCCCCGUCAUGCCUCAGCUCUACGACUUUGUAUCGUAUGAAGAGACCGAAGGUAGCGAGAUUCCCUCGCUCUGCAUCGUUGCGCCACCAAAUGUCCAAGCCGGACUGUUUGCCGUACCUGUGCUUGCAGCGGCUGAUCUACGCCUGUCGGUGAUAGAGACGUGGGGCGCCAGCGCGUCUUAUUUCAACCAACAUCUCAUGCCGCUGCUCACCAAUUGCGUCAAGUCGCUUCGCGCCUGCCACGUCAACGUCGACCUUCCCGGCGUGCUGAAGUUGCCAUUCACCACGGCAAAUCCCAUUGCCGACUAUCUGCAAGGACCUUUUGAGAUCCUCAUGCGGAAGGUCGCUGCGGCCGAGGAGCGGCUGCAGAUCUCGCAUGUCGAGAGCAUUCUGACCAACGCUUUCCUCCUCUCGAGUAAGAAGAAGGAGAUCGAGACGCUAUCGGAGGAGCUUGCACCUGACGUUCCGGAGAUGGUGCAGGCCAUCGCCGACAGUCAGAAGGUCGAAGACGAGAUAUCGGCCAGCAUGAAGGGCUCACUGCACGUGCAGGCAAUCGAAGAGAUCGAGGACACCGAGUUUGCGGUCAAGAUGUUUGGAAAUGAUAUGCGCGAGGGUGAUCUGAAGGCCGUCCGCAAGCCAGGACAAAGCCGAACACCUAGUGUUGCAUCCACGCCCGAUGCCGAGCCUGCAAGAAAGGGAACGGUGCCCCCCAGGUCUGGAAGCAUUGAGGCAGAACAGACGGGAAGUCCGUCGAACUUAGCGCCUGCAACCAGACACCGAACAAGCACGCAUCGGAGCGUUCGAUCGAUGGUGGACACUUCGCAGACCUCGAGUCCAGGCUCGUCUGCGCAUUCAGCCCCACCUUUGCAUCCACAAUCUGCGUCGUCGAAAGACGCUGGUCGAACGCUGCCCGGCUACGAUGCGCAAGGUCACGAACAGGACUUCGCACUUUCUGCUUACGCACAGUCGUCCGCACCGAUAUCGGGUCAGCUGCCCCCUCCGACGUCCACCGAGUACCAGACUGUGGCACAUCCAGUCAUGCCGUCCGAACUGGCCUACUCAACGUCCAAUGCUGUUCGCGGUGUGCCCCCGCAGGCGCCCCUCCAUGAUUUGGCCCCGAAUCAGCUUGACCAAAGUGGAUCUGCCAAUGCCGACUACCUUACGCACGGUGCGGUGACAGCCGCCUAUGACCCUUAUGCUACCGCCGAGCAUCGCUAUCCGGGCGAAAGUAUUGUCGGCGCUUUUCCCGAUGGACCCGAAAGCACUCCUCGCGUAGCGUCAUCUGCGGAUGCCUUUGUGCCGCAGAUGCACUCUGCUAGCAGCCUCUACGACCCGGUUGGACGUUCAGCCUCCGGUGCGAGAGCUGUAGGACCAGAUUUCGGUGGAGGCUAUCCACAUGGCACUGGUCCGCCAGUGGACGCUGCAAAUGUGUCCGAUCCUGACCCAUGGUCGCAGUCUCUUGGCCCGGGAGUGCAUCGUCAUCAUCAUCAUCAUCAUCAUCAUCAUCAGCAGCAGCAGCAGCAGCAGCAUCAACUCCAUGAACAGCCGCCACAGCACGGAUACGCUGAUUCAUAUCCCGUCACCAACGGCUUCCACGGUCAGCAGGGCAAAUAUCAUGAAUAUGCGGACUCGUCAGGACUAGAGCAGACGGACGUAGCUCCUGCGCAAGAUGAACCGUUCUAUGCUCCGGCACAACCGCUGCAGUCGCGGAACGCGGUUCACGGUGAGAGCCAGUACCAAAUGGCCUUCUUGGGUGUUCCUGAAGGUGGCCAUCACACAGCUCAGCAUCAGCAAGUCCACCCUGCAGACCAUCACGCGAUCAACGGCCAACAAGCUCCAAAUGACCAGGCGCCGCACCAACCGCACCAAGCUGACGGUCAGCAGCCAUCGUCUGCCAUCUGGCAGGCGUGGGACUGGACACCUGCCCAACAGCAGCAGCAUCCACAGCAGCACCUUCCGCAGCAUCAACAGCAGCAGCAUUACCCACAGCAACAGAGCCAUCAGUAUCAUCGCGGUGGUUAG